CCCUCGAAGGUGUGAAAACACUGGAGAUAAGUAAAACCCCAACUUCGCUCCUCUGCCCUCACCGGAAUACUUCUCUCCACAUCGCCGUCGCUACCGGAAAUGGACGCCGACAACGCUUCCAACAACGCCGACGCUCCUAUGCAAAUGGAUUCCGGCGACUCUCCCGCCGCUCAAGCAAAAGACAAAGAAAAAGAAGAACUAACAGAGACUAUGAACAAGCUGCAUAUCGAGGGAUCCUCGUCUGGGAAUGGAUUGCCUAACUUCAGAAGAAAACCGGUUAUUAUCAUAGUUGUUGGAAUGGCGGGGAGCGGGAAAACAACGCUUCUCCAUAGUUUGGUUUGUCAUACUCAUUUGAAAAACAUUCGGGGUUAUGUGGUGAAUCUCGACCCCGCCGUCAUGACACUCCCAUAUGCUGCUAACAUUGAUGUAAGAGACACUGUUAAAUACAAAGAAGUCAUGAAACAGUUCAACCUUGGUCCUAAUGGUGGAAUUUUGACUUCCCUGAACUUGUUUGCCACCAAGUUUGAUGAGGUAAUUUCUGUUAUUGAAAGACGGGCAGAUCAACUUGACUAUGUUCUAGUGGAUACCCCUGGUCAGAUUGAAAUAUUCACCUGGUCUGCUUCUGGUGCUAUCAUUACAGAAGGUUUUGCAUCCACAUUUCCCACUGUAGUCACCUAUGUAGUUGAUACUCCUCGUUCAGAAGAUCCCACCACUUUCAUGAGCAACAUGCUGUAUGCUUGUAGUAUCCUCUAUAAGACAAGGUUACCUCUCAUCUUGACGUUCAACAAGGUUGAUGUAGCAGCGCAUCAGUUUGCCUUGGAGUGGAUGGAGGAUUUUGAGGCAUUCCAAGCAGCUGCAAGUUCAGAUCACUCCUACACGUCAACUUUAACUCAGAGCCUUUCUCUUGUGCUAGAUGAAUUCUACAACAAUUUAAAAUCAGUUGGAGUUUCUGCUGUUUCUGGUGCAGGAUUGGACGCCUUCUUUAAGGCUGUCGAAGCCAGUGCAGAAGAAUACAUGGAAAACUAUAAGGCUGAUCUUGAUAAAAGACGUGAAGAGAAGCAGCGUUUGGAGGAAGAACGCAGGAAGGAGAACAUGGAUAAGCUGAGGAGGGACAUGGAAAAAUCUGGGGGAGAAACUGUAGUCUUGAGCACUGGUUUGAAGGACAAAGAAACAAGUAAAAGUAAAAGCAUGAUGGAUGAGGAAAUGGACGAUGAGGAAGAUGACGAUGACGAUGAUUUGGGUAUAUAUACUGAAGAAGAGGAUGCUAUAGACGAGGAUGAAGAUGAGGAGGUUGAUAAUUUUGGCUUCUGAUGUGAUUUAUCACCAGUUGGACUGCAUCAGAUUUGUAUAGCACCUUGACUUUCAUUUGGUACAUGUAUACAAUCUUGAAAUUUCGAGUACUAAUUAAUCAACCAGUUUAUUUCAUAUAUGCUGUCAGCGGUAUUCCUUCUA